AUGCUUCGACACUUCCCUAUCCCAUGUGGAAGGGACGCUCGCCUUUGCCUCAACAUAGCAGAACCGGCCCUGCGCGCACAAGGCUUGAGUCUGCAGACGUGGGCAUCAUCCUUUGUGCUCGCGAGCUUGCUUCAUAAACUGUCUAUCGAUCUUUCAUCCUCUGCUCGCAUACCAGUCCUAGAGCUCGGUGCGGGCACUGGACUUGUCGGCCUAACUGCUGCGGCACUGUGGAAGUCUCCAGUGAUCCUUACAGACCUCCCACCGAUUGUCCCUGGACUGGCUAGUAAUAUCAAACUCAAUGCGGCCACCGUGAAAGCCGUUGUCGAGUGUGGCUCGUUAGAUUGGAGUUAUCCGGAGACUCUUGCGCUUCAGGGCGGUACACUAUACCACGCGGAAAAGGACAAAGCCCGCGUAAUCCUCGCUGCAGACACGGUGUACUCAGAGGAGCACCCUGAAUUGCUCUCCAAAGCUAUCCUCCGCUGGCUUGCUCCGGGAAUCUCGUCUCGUGUCAUUUUGACAUACCCUAUGCGUGUGGCUUACCUGGACCAAAUUCGGGAGCUGUGGCAACUUCUGGAGAAGGGUGGUCUCGAAGCUCUCCAUGAGGGUCGAGAGCAGGCCGACCUUGAUACUUGGGACGAUGAAGGUCUUUGCGAGUGGAGUGUAUGGAGGUGGCAGCAGGACUCCACUCAUGCUGCGCAGGGCCAAACCAAGACAUAA